AUGGCAGCCAUGGUAGCAAAUGGACAGGUGCACCAGCGCCAGAACCUGCAUCUUGUCACAAACGAGGACUCCGUCUACGAACAAGACAUCAUCCGUGACCCAUCGACUGUCAAGCCAUGGCUUGUGUAUAUCGAGUUCAAAUCCCGCUAUGGAAAUGCCCAGGAACAAGCUUUCGUCAUGGCUCGGGCUUGUGCCCAGCUGCCACGGUCGUACAAGCUCUGGAAAAUGUAUCUGGAAUUCCGGGUCAAGCAUGUUUCGAAAUUGAACCCUGGCAUGUUUAAUAACGAAUACAACAAGGUCAAUGCGCUCUUCGAGCAGGCUCUUAUUCUGCUCAACAAGAUGCCCCGAAUCUGGGAAAUGUACCUCUCUUUCUUGAUGAAGCAGCCAAUCGUGACCUUUGCCCGCCGAGUCUUUGACCGAGCCCUGCGCGCGCUCCCGAUUUCGCAACACAACCGCAUCUGGGCCCUGUAUAUUCCCUUUGCCAACGCGGCGUCGGGCGAGACUGCCGUCAAGAUCUGGCGCCGCUAUAUGCAGGUUCAUCCUGAGCAUGCCGAAGACUUCAUCGAACUUCUCAUCAAGAACGAGCUGUACACCGAGGCUGCAACGACGUACAUCAAGAUUCUCAACAACACACGGUUCGUCAGCAAGCAUGGCAAGGGUCACUUUGAGCUGUGGAAUGAGCUGGUGGAAUUGCUCGUGUCCCAUGCGAACAAUGUCAAAACUGGCCACGAAACUGGCAUUGAUGUUGAUGCCAUCAUUCGCAGUGGAAUCGCCCGGUUUUCAGACCAGCGCGGCAAGCUCUGGGCCGGCCUGGCAACCUACUGGAUUCGAAGUGGUAGUUUUGAGCGUGCGCGUGAUGUUUUCGAAGAGGGCAUCACUACUGUCAUGACCGUCCGCGACUUUACAUUAAUCUUUGACUCCUAUGUGGAGUUUGAAGAGUCUGUGAUAGGCGCUCUGAUGGAGAUGGCGACUGCUCGCACGCAGAAGGGUGUUGACGAUGAAGAAGCAGAUUUUGAGCUCGAUAUUCGCAUGAUGCGAUUCGAGCAUCUAAUGGACCGACGCCCAUUUCUCCUCAACGAUGUGCUACUCCGACAGAAUCCUAACCAAGUGCUGGAAUGGGAGAAGCGGGUGGCACUCUGGGGCGACAACAAAAGCGAGGUCGUACAGACCUACACCGAUGCUAUCGCCAAGAUUCAACCUAAGCAUGCUAUUGGUCCUUUUCAUCAACUAUGGACCAACUAUGCAAAGUUCUACGAGGCAGGAGGCGAUAUACGCAAUGCUCGCAUCAUUAUGGACAAGGCUGUCAAGGUGCCCUUCAAGUCGGUGGCAGAGCUUGCGGACAUGUGGAUUGAAUGGGCUGAGAUGGAACUUCGAAAUGAAGACUUUGACGAGGCUGUCCGAAUCAUGGCCAAGGCUGUCCAGGCACCAAAGCGAUCAAACGUCGACUAUUUUGACGAGUCUCUGUCGCCGCAGCAGCGUGUACACAAGAGCUGGAAGCUGUGGAGCUUCUAUGUGGAUCUUGUUGAGAGUGUCUCGACACUGGAGGAUGUGAAAAAGGUCUAUGAACGCAUUUUUGAGCUUCGCAUCGCGACACCGCAGACUGUGGUCAACUAUGCGAACCUGCUGGAAGAAAAUGAGUACUUUGAGGAGUCGUUCAAAGUUUACGAGAGGGGCUUGGAUCUGUUUAGCUAUCCGGUGGCCUUUGAGCUGUGGAACAUGUACCUGACCAAGGCCGUGGACCGCAAGAUUGGCAUCGAGCGACUGCGUGACUUGUUUGAGCAGGCUGUGGAGGACUGCCCGCCCAAGUUUGCCAAGACCAUCUACCUAAUGUACGGCAAUUUGGAAGAAGAGCGAGGACUGGCACGUCACGCGAUGCGCAUCUACGAGCGUGCGACCAGAGCUGUAUCGGACGAGGACCGAGCCGACAUGUUCAACUUUUACAUCACCAAGUCGGCCUCCAACUUUGGGCUACCGUCUACGCGGCCGAUUUACGAGCGUGCCAUUACUGCUUUGCCAGACGAGGAGGCUAAGGACAUGUGCCUCAAGUUUGCAGACAUGGAGAAGCGCCUGGGCGAAAUCGAUCGAGCCCGCGCCAUCUACGGCCACGCGUCGCAAUUUUGCGACCCGCGCACCAAUGCUGACUUUUGGAGCAAGUGGGAGUCGUUUGAGGUGCAGCACGGCAACGAAGACACGUUCAAGGAGAUGCUGCGUAUCAAGCGCAGCGUGCAGGCCCAAUACAACACGGACGUCAACUUUAUCGCGUCGCAAGCUCUCGCCAAGAGCCAAGCGGCGGCGGCGGCGGCAGGUCACGAGAUGGACGCCGACACGAAGGACGCCAUGGCAGAGCUGGAGCGACAGGCUCGGGCGCCGCAAGGGUUCGUGGCGGCCAGCGGGGGGCCGGUGGGUGGUGGUGUGCAGGACAGCAAGCCAGCGGUGGCGGCCAAUCCUGAUGCGAUUGACAUUGACAGUGGCGAUGAUGAGUGA